AGUAAUGAGGCUGCAGUUCUAUUUGGAGUUAGCAGCUAAAGACAGGCGCUUCACUCUCACAGCAGUUCGACUCUGGAAAUAUGAACAGAGCUGAUCAAAUCUCCUGCCCAUUUUCAUAAAAGAAAACCAAGAAAACUAAGCAUGGAACACAAAAUUCAGAUUCUUCUAGCCUGUCUCUUCUCCCAGGUUCUUCUAGUUGCUGUUGCAGAAGAUGUGGAAUGUGUGCCGGGAUUCCAGGAGAAAAACUAUGAGUUGGAGUACCAAUCAGGAUUCAGGAAGGAAGAAUCCAUUCUGAAAGUUAACUUUGAUGACUGUCAUGGAAAUGAAAAUGUGAACUUUGAGGUGUCCCACCCAGCCUUCAUCGUAGACGAGGAUGGGUCAGUGGUCCCCCACAGAGAUGUCACAGACAGCGGCUCCACCCUCUUCAUCCACGGCCGGACUGCCUUUGCUGAUGACAUGGCAGAGAUCAAAAUUCAUGGAGCUCCGGAAAGACGUACUCCAACUUUGAAGGAGAUACUGGGUCUUGGUCAGAGUCCUGCCUUUAUGAGGACUAAGAGGUCUCUCCUUGCUCCCCCCAUGUUUGUGCCAGAGAACCAGAGGGCCCCUUUCCCCAAAAACGUUGGCAAGGUAAUAUCCAGCGAGAUGCCGGACAGCGCUCUGUUCAAACUUACAGGAAAAGGAGCUGAUCAGGAGCCCAAAGGCAUCUUCUACAUCAACAAGAAAACUGGGGAGGUGCUGGUCAGCAGAUCCCUUGACCGCGAGAGAAUCGCCUUCUAUCAUAUGCAGGUGGAGACUACGGAUCUGAGUGGGAAGACGCUGGAAGGGCCUGUGGAUGUGGAGGUGGCCAUCAUUGAUCAGAAUGAUAACAGACCCAUCUUCAAGGGAGGGCCCCACAUGGGAGAGAUCCUGGAGGGAUCCCCCACAGGAACCACCGUGAUGCGGAUGACAGCUUACGAUGCCGAUGACCCCAACACAGACAACGCCGUUCUUCGCUACAACAUUGUGAAACAAACACCAGACAAGCCAUCCCCUAACAUGUUUUACAUUGACCCCGAAAAGGGAGACAUUGUCACUGUGGUGUCACCUGCGUUGCUGGACAGAGAGUCUAUGCCAAGCCACAUGUACGAGCUGGAAAUAGUUGCCAAGGACAUGGCAGGGAGUGACGUGGGGUUGACUGGCACAGCCACUGCCACCAUCACCAUCACAGACAAGAAUGACCACGCUCCGGAGUUCACCAAGCCUCUGUUCCAAGCAACAGUGAAUGAAGGAGCGACGGGAGUGAUUGUCAAUCUGACUGUUGAGGAUAAGGACGACCCCAUGACCGGAGGCUGGAGAGCCGUGUACUCCAUCAUCAACGGGAACCCAGGCCAGAGCUUUGAGAUGAACACCAACGCCAAAAACAAUGAAGGCAUGCUGACAGUCGUCAAGCCCCUGGAUUACGAGAUCUCUGCCUUCCACACCCUCCUGAUUAAAGUGGAGAAUGAAGACCCCUUGGUACCGGAUGUGGCUUACGGACCCAGCUCCACGGCAACCAUUCAGGUCACAGUCAUGGAUGUCAACGAAGGUCCCAUCUUCUACCCUGACCCCAUGAGAGUGACCAGGCAUGAGAACAUACCCAUCGGCAGCGGUGUGGCCACACUGAACGCCACAGACCCGGACACUCUUCAGCAUCAAACCAUAAAGUUCGCAAUGCUGAAGGACCCAGCAGGCUGGCUCAACGUUCACCCUGUCAAAGGAACCGUUAACACGACCGCCAUCUUGGACCGCGAGUCUACCUACGUCAAGGACAACACCUACACUGCCAUCUUCAUGGCAACAGACAAUGGCAGCCCCCCAGCGACAGGCACAGGCACCCUGGUGAUCACGCUGGAGGAUGGGAACGACCAUGCACCCUCGCUUUACCCCUCUGUCGCCAGGGUCUGCGAGGACUCCAAGGACCUGAGUGUGGUGCUCCUGGGAGGCAGGGACGAGGAUAUCAGCCCCAACGCCGACCCCUUCAAAUUCGAACUGGGCAAGCAAGCCGGGCUGGAGAAAACGUGGAAAAUUAUCAAAGUGAACAAUACCCACGCCCAGGUCAGCCUUCUCCACAACCUGAAGAGAGCCAACUAUAACCUGCCAAUCAUCGUGACGGACUCCGGGAUGCCUCCCCUCUCCAACAGCACGGAAAUCAAAGUACAAGUGUGCACCUGCAAAAAGAACAAAAUGGACUGCAGUGCUGCUGACAGUCUGCACAUGAGCCUGGCCAUGCUCAUCUGCUUCUCAUUCAUCACCUUGCUUUGCCUGUAAGUUUUGCUGAAGAAGUCAGAAGCUGACCUGCUGUCUACCUGUUACAGCACAGAAAAACAAAAAGAAAAGAAAAAAGAAUCCAACUUUUGCAGAUUGCCGUUUACAGGAUUUCCAGUUGCUCUACAAAUAGGCCUCAUUUUUGCUAGAAGCUCCAUUUAAUUGGCCACCCCAAUACAAGUUAAUGAAACUCUGUUAUAAUCUGCCAACUUCGGCCCGCUCUUUUUUGCCUUUUGAAAAUGGACUUCACGCCUGAAACAAAUGUGUCUUUUGAUUCAUUUUUUUUUUAUUAUUUGUUUUGAAGUGAAGCAAUUCCAUCAUGAACUUGAGCUUCUGGAAGCAAGGUUAGCCAGUGACUUACUUUCCUGAUAUAUGUUGCAAUUUUGUCACACAGUAUUAUAUGAUGCCAUUUAACACUAUCGGGGAAAGGGGGGGUAUAUAAAUAUAUGUAUAAAAAUAAAUGGAAAUGUUUUGUUUGCAUAAUGGUGGUCCCUGUUGCUAGGGUAAGGGGAGGAAUCCGUACCUGUUGACUUUUCCUUUUUUUAAUAAAAUAAUUUCUAAAUGGAAUAUACUGUAAAUUAACAGUGUAAAAAUUAUACGGUAAAAUCCAUGCCUGUAUAUAUCAAACAAACAAAAAAUGUUAUUAAUAUCAGGCUUCAGUGUCAGAGUUUGUUAUUAGAGUUUAAACAUUGCUGUUUUCAUAUUAAUAUCAGGUUGUUUUUAAGCUUGCCCCCCCCCCCCCCCCCGAAUGCCUUGAUAGGCUGAUAUUUCAAAGAUUAAAAUGUUACAGAAUUGAAGGUAAUUGUUCUUGGAUUAAGUAUGUGAAAAGACCCCCCAUGAAUCAUGAACAAACUGAAUUGACGUGAUGAAUGAGUAAUGUCUGUCUUUUGCACUAAUUUAAUAAAACUGUUACCGUACCUCCCGCCA